UGGCCCAGAUUCGCUUCCGGUGUAAGUAGAAGAACUACUUUUAGUUGUGCGUCAGCGGAGAGACGGAGCGCGAUGUGGCCGCGGGGUUAUUUCAGAGAGAUUAAAGGCGAUCAGCUGGAUUCAUGAUGAAGAUGAAGAUGCGUGCGCUGUUUGUGAUCCUCGCUCUCGCGUCCCAGCAUGCAUCAGGGGUGGAGGUGUUUGAGGGGGAGGAGUCUGUCCUGCUGCCCUGUAACAUGAAUGUUUCUAAGGAUCAUGCGAUUGUGUGGAAACGCGAAGAUCUGUCUUCUCCGAUCGUUCACGCCGUCGUGGAGGGAAAAGAUGAUCUUAUCAACCAAAACAAGCGUUACUCCAACCGAACAUCAAUGCUCGCCGACGCCCUGCAGACUGGAGACCUCAUCAACCAAAACAAGCGUUACUCCCACCGAACAUCAAUGUUCGGCCUGCAGACCAGAGACCUCAGCCUCACUCUGAGGAAGCCCACGUUCACCGACAGUGGGAACUACACCUGUGUCACCCGCAGCCAUGGAGCGGACCAGCAGAGGACUGACGUCCAGCUGAAGGUCAAAGAACGUCCUGUCUGGCACAAAGUCCUCCCCGCUGUCCUGGUUCCUGUGGUUCUCCUCGGUGCUGUCAUUAUUUUCCUCCUGUAUCGCGUGACACAAAGAGAGAAGCUCAUGACAGUGGGUCAGCUGACACCACUGGAGGUGACGGAGGGGGCGCCGUCUGUCCUGCUGCCCUACACACACACAUGCUGCCUGGGUGAGGUCGUCAAAGUGGAGUGGUUCUUUGUGACGCAUGAAAACAAGAAGGUGUGCGUGUUUGAGAACGGUCAGAUCAAACGUGACCAACAGCACACAGAUUACAGAGAGCGCGCCGAGAUGGAGUCAUUCCCACCCAAGGAGGAGAAGACCGACCAGCUGAAUCGGCCUGAAGUUGACCUCAGCCUGACCCUGAGGAACCCCGUCUGUGCAGAUGGAGGAGUUUACCUCUGCAUCCUCCACGACAAGGCUGUGAACACCAUGAAACUCAAGCUAGUGCCGCUCCUGGUCAAAGAGCCCCUGAUGACGACCGUUAGAGCUUCAGUCGGGAGACGCAACAAGGCGGCCAAGCGCUUGCCUUCAUUUUGUGUGUCUAAAGAAAAGAAGAACGUUGCAGAAUCUCAUCCACUGAACAGUCAGCCAGUCUGAUGCGAUGAAGCUGGAGAUGAUGAAGAGGAGGCUGCCGUCAGCUCGUCCUUCUCCAUGGAUGUGAAACAGGAAGCUCAGUGUAACAGCUGAAGCUGACUCUCAUGUAUGAACUAACGAUGGAGCGUUGUCCUCUCAGUUUCUUCUUCAUUGAUCACAUGACCCAUCCGCUCUUUUACUUUUACCUGCGUCUGCAUGUUAGUGGAUCAGCAUCAUGCAUGUUCACGCGACCCUCUGUGAGCUUCACACUGAGCAUCAUCAUCAUCCCACUGUCAGAGAGGACCAAUCAGAGCUCAGCUCCUGGCUGUGUCUGCAGACUGACCUCAGAUCAGCACAAAGCUGUGUAACACGUCCUCAGAGGUCAGCUGGAUCUGCUCAGUGUGACGCUCUCAGAGGAACUUCACUCACACAUCCACCUGAGCUCACAGGGAGGGUGGAUGUGUUCACCUGUGCUGCAGUGGUUUUAAAUAAAGCUUCUUUAGACUGUGUGUGUCUCCAAACCCAGCAUCCUUCUCAGAGGGAUCCCUCUGGGAAAAGGUCAAAUACAUAUUAUGAGAGAUGCAAGUGGAGGGCGCUCACACACACACACACACACACACACACACACACACACACACACACACACACACACACACACACACAGUGACCGCUCUACCUGCAAUAUAUGAUGAGACUUAUUUAGACUAAUGUUGGGCAACUAUUGCUAUUGCGUGCAAAAUGAAAGCGUGGCUGUACACUUCUACUGCAUAAUGACACGUAAAAAGCUCUAUUCAGCAUGUGGUUUACCCACCUGAGCCCUUCAGCUGGGUUUCACUAAAACCUCUUCCUUCCCAAACGAUUUUCCAAAAUAAAAGACCAAUUACAUAUGCAACAAAACAAACAGCUCAUGUGUAACACUCUGCAGUGUCAUUGUUUUUCAUUUAAACGCAAAAAUAAAAACUUUGUCGUUCAGACUCUGAAUGUGUAUUUUUGUGUGAGCAACCAUUUACUCUCCUGGGGCCACGCCGCACAUAGCGAGACGUCACUGCUGACAAAGCGUCUCAGCCCGCCCUCACAAACUGGACUAUCAUGAAGUGGCACUCUGGAUUUUUAUUGGUGGAUGACACGUCAAUCAAAGGCAGAUGUACCUUUGCUGCACAGCUGAGAAACUCCUACCUAGUUUGUGAUUGGACUUCUUUGAUGAAGCCACGCCUUUUGCCCGAGAAAUGCAAUGAUAACCUCUGGAAAAGACCAGAAAUCAUCAUUUUAAGCAACGAAAUAGCAUUUUUUCCAGCAGAAUAACAGCAGAUAAAGAAGCACUGGACUUUACACGAUCUGAAGCUCCUCGUAAAGUGUCUUUACGUUAACAUUAUCAAGGGUAAGUCGAUGAAAAUGGAUGGUCUGAAUUAUGAGGAAAAGAGUUACGCAUUUUAAUAA